UCGGCGUUCCGCUUCCUUUUCUCUUCUUCUUCUUCUUCUUCUUCUUUCUGUUUCGCCGUGUCACACACGGACCCCGAGGACCCUGAACCCGCCUCGCUCGCCCGCGCCUCGCCGCACACCGCCGGCUCGGCUCUCGCCCGACUCGUGCAUGUCAGAGAGGGCGGGCUGCCCGGCAGGCCCCCGUGCUCACCGAGCGAGCGGCAGCUCCCACGCCGCGGUCGGGAGGGGCGGCGGCGGCGGCGGCGUGGGCCCGGUCCGAGGCUAGCCCGCGCUCCCGGCCAGUCCGAGGGGAUGAACCACGUCGGCGGCGGCGCGUCGAGCUCGGACGUCCCCGCUGCCGCAGUUCGCCUGUCACAAUGAACGGCACUCAGCAGAGUGACGGCAAGAGGCAACACCUCCUGGAGAGGCUGCUGGAUGCUGUCAAACAGUGCCAAAUCCGCUUUGGGGGAAGAAAAGAGAUCGCCACGGACUCGGACAGCAGAGUGAUCUGUCUCUGCGCCCAGUUUGAAGCGGUGCUGCAGCACGGCCUGAGGAAAAGCAGAGGUCUGGCCCUCACCGCCGCUGCUCUCAAGCAGGCCGCGGGAUUCAGCAGCAAGGUCGAAGCAGAGUUGACUUUCUGGUUUUAUGUGAAGGAGCAUCUGAACCGCCACGAGCUCCAGCGAUUCUACUCACUGCGUCAGAUUUGCUCGGAGCUGGGUCGGGGUCGUGCGUGGCUGCGUUGCGCCCUCAAUGAGCACUCGCUGGAGCGCUACCUGCACACACUGCUGGCGGAUCGUGCACGUCUGGGAACUUAUUAUGAAGACUGGGCUUUUAUUCUUGAUGAAGAGCGAGCAAGUAUGCUCCCCACCAUGGCUGCAGGCCUAAACUCCAUCCUGUUUGCCGUCAACAUCGAUAACAGUGACCUGAACGGCGGGGUGACGCGAGCAGGAGGUUCGUCGGUGUCCCACCUCCUCAAGGAGUCCACGCAGGGCAUCGGCAGCCUGUGGAAGGAGUCGACUCAGGGGGUCAGCAGCCUGCUGCGGGAGAUCAGCACAGCCACGGCCGUGGUGCCCGGAUUCUCUCCCAGAGGUGACGGAACUUCGGACCCGCUGCCUGUCCUGCCACGCAGCACCUCCGCUGACUCAGGGCUGAGGAAAGAGCGCCGUAGGAAAAAGAAGAUCACCAACAUCAUCUCCUUUGAUGAUGAUCUGGAUGGUGGGGCAGAGGAUGAGGAGGAGGAGGGGGAGGAGGACUCUCAGAAAAUGGCGAUGAUGAGGAAGAGUCAUACGGCUCCCACUCAGAGCAGUGUGGAGGAAGGGAUAGACCCUUUGGAGCCAGCCUUCUCCCAGUCGCCGGCCCAGAACGGCCUGGUUGAGCCGGGCAUAGUCAGCUGGGUGGGGUCCCCCCAUCCGUCUCGCACACCUCCCGCAACUACGCCUCCUCUGCCUGACCUUAAGAGUAUAGACAACGAGGAGGAGGAGGACGAGGAAGAGGAGGAGGAGAUGUACAAACCCAGAGCACAAACCCAGGAGGAGGAGAGGAUCAGCUCGGAUCAGGUGGUGGUGGGAAGUCUGUCCAGUGUGUCCAUGUGGAGCCCUCUACAGGUGAUGACUAACCACAGCAGCUCGGACAUCCUCAUUCCCCUGAACCCCACCGACCCUCAGCCAGUGAGCUCCGUGGAGGACAGGGCUGCGUUUCCCGCUUGCUGUGAGUCAGCGGGACCGGUGGGAAUGUGUGAGAGCAGCAGGUCGGAACUAACAUUCAAUAUGGAGUCCAGCCCACCGACGGAGUCUGCUCCACUCUCCAGCGUGCUGCCAACAUCCGGUCUGCCAGAGUCCAUGACAGUGGUGGAGCUGCGUCAGGCCAUCGUUGCCAUGAUGAACAGAAAGGACGAGCUGGAGGAACAAAACACGUCUCUUCGCUGUCUGCUGGACGGGGAGAUGGAGCACUCAGCUGGCCUGAGGCAAGAAACAGAUCUGCUGAAGAAGAAGCUGGCGGAGCUGGAGGAGAGGCACACAGCCAAGGUCCAGGCACUGGCCAGGGAGAAUGAGGUCCUGAAGGUCCAGUUGAAGAAGUAUGUGGGGGCGGUACAGAUGCUGAAGAGAGAGGGGAGCCAGGGCGACGACGCCCUGUCCAUGUUGCGGUCGAGCGAGGACCAGGCCCCCGUCCCGCAGAAUAAGUCCAUGGUUGACAUCGAGGAGCAGGCGGCCAGUUAUGAACGCAAACUCAUAGAGGUGGCCGAGAUGCACGGUGAGCUGAUUGAGUUUAAUGAGCGUCUGUACCGUUCCCUAAUGGCCAAAGACCACCUCAUUGUGCAGAUGAGACAGGAACUUAUUGACCUGAGAGGACCGGUUCCUGGUGAUUUGAGCCAGACAUCAGACGACCACAGCUUGUCAGAUUUUGAGACGGCUCAUCGUGCACUCAUCAAUGUGUGGAUCCCCUCUGUGUUCCUGCAGGGCAGAUCUGCCAACGCCUACCACGUCUAUCAGGUGUACAUCCGCAUCCUGGACAAUGAGUGGAAUGUGUACAGACGUUACACAGAGUUCAGGGAGCUCCACAGCCACCUGAGAACCCAGUUUCCACAGGUGGAAGCCUUCAACUUCCCACCGAAGAAAGCCAUAGGGAACAAGGACGCCAAGUUUGUGGAGGAGAGAAGGAAGCAGCUGCAGGGCUACCUUCGCACGGUGAUGAACAAACUGAUCCAGACACUGCCAGAGUUCACGGCCCGCCCCUCCAAAGAGACCCUGCUGUCUCUUCUGCCUUUUUGUCUGGACACACCCCAGGCAAACGACGGAGGAGCCAAGACGCCCCGGUCGAAAAAUUCAUCCCGUUUCCCCAGACUGGGCCGCAGUCGGAACCAGGAAACCCGACCAGAGCCGCAGAGUGGAGACCUUUAACUUCGACAAAGUCUUUGAGCUAGUGCUCUUUCUGCGUUAGGGCAGAAGACGACGACGGUGGACCACGACACAGUGGCUCACAGCGUGUGAGGAUAUUUAGGGGCGCCUGAUGGACCUAGAAAGCCUUACAGAUAUUUAAAAAAACAACAACACAGAAAACAAGAAGAGGAAGAGGCAAUGCGUUCACACCGCAUGCCUCUCUGGGUGAAUAUGUACAUGUUUCUGCGCGUUGCCUGGCUGAGUUAAGGAUAUUCGACUCCCCUGACUGAGGCUGCCUAACGAUGGACCCAAUCAUACAGCACCUCUUACCUCAUGGAGUGACCAAAAGACUCUCUGUCAACCGCACACUGACUAACCUGGACUGCUCUCUCUUAUCUCCAACACAAUGAGAUGAUGGGGAUAUGGUUUUUCUUUCUUUUUUUUUUUACUCAGCUCAGUUUUGUAGUGUAUCAUGGUCACAGUGCCUACAGUGUUUUGUAGCUGCGUUCCUGCUCUGGGUCAGGAGGGAGGGAGGGGUAUUAAGAGAGGGGAUGGUGAACAACGUGUUGUCAUGGUGAGGGAAAGUUGUUUUCCAGCUAAUAUCGGUGCCAUUUCAUUUUUAGACAAGGAUUAUCUGUUGUGUGGAGUCGGAGGACAAUUCCUUUUUCCCACGUCUGUUAUAUUACUAUUACAGCCAUUAUAGAUAGUCUGCAUAAAGUGCAUAUCUUACAACAUCCCUUGAUGUCGCCAGGACUACAGUAGUUAUCAAAAAUAAAUAUUAUAAAUUACACUUAAUGAUCAUGCUUAUGGAUCUCACCUUUAAAACCACAAUUGUUGAGGGACUGUAUGACAAUUAUUGGGGCGGGGAGUUGGGUUGAAAAAGCAAAAGCAAAGACCCUCUAUAGUGUUAUCAAUACUUUUCUUUGUUCCCUAAGCUCAACCUGGAGAAGAUGGUUCAAUUAUGGUUGGUUCAAUACAUAAUAAAUAACUAAAAGAGGCAAAUCAUGAAUAGUUCAACAUUGUGUAAUCCAAUUCAAACCUUGAUAUGUUAAUGGACUUAAUUUUUUUUUUUUACUAACGUGCACAUGGAACGAGAAAUUUCCAAAUGAAUGGCAAACAUGACACAAUUAUGAACACUGAAACCGCGUUCUGCUUCAGAAUAAAGAGAUACUCAAUAACCGGCCAAACUUCAUUUUUAUUACGGGCACAUUUUGUGUGACACAUUCAAGUUUUUGUCAUUGUUUAACUUUGACCCCUCACCCCGUCUCAUAUUGAGCAAGUAUAUACAGAAAAGCAUGAGUUCCCUCAUAUCCACGCCUUAGAUGAGUGUCAAGUACCGGCUGUGAUGUAUGUGAUGAAUUAAUGCCGUGGAGUUAUUUGAUAAGAGAGGAAGGGAAACACUAUUUCACCAUUGAAAUAGAUGGGGCGAGCUGUGUUUCGGUGGGUCAUCGAAGGUCGACCGGCUGUACUGAAAUAUUCAGUGUUUAUGGAUUGUUUACCCCCUAAUGUGUCUUAGCAGGAUUUAAUGCCGCAUUAUGUUGCAAAUGAAUGUUUUAACGAUGACUAAACACUUGAAGAAAAGCUGCUCGUUAAGAGUGCAAGGAGAGGGCGGCUGAGCAUCAAAUGUACAUAGAACAGAAGCUCAUGCAUAUGCAUGGCUCACCCAAGAGUAGUCGGAGACUGUUCAACGGAGGACUGAUUGUGUUGGAAGGUUUUCGGAAAACUUAAAUCAAAGGGUCGGCUCGCGGAAUGGUAAACACUGAUCACUGUGGCCGGGGGGAGGUGAGCGGACGGACGGUGCCUGUGGGUUUUAAUUAAGCUGUAAUUCUGACAGAAAUGACCCGCACAAGCAACCAACUACUGGUAAACACGGACAAUUCGUCAGGAAACUCCCACACGAUGCUGUCAAAUACUUGUUUUUAUCCGACUAUUGCGGAGAGAUUCUGUGAGCUGAUCAAUAAAAUCAUCCACCUGGGUAAGAAAAGA